ACUCUAGUAUGUGUAUGAAGAUACUGGAACUUAGCUACUAGCACUUGCCAGCUCAUUUGAAACCGUGCUUUCUUUACUUCGGAGCGUUCCCGGAAGAUAGCGAAAUUCCUGUCGGCAAGUUGACGUCACUUUGGAUAGCGGAAGGAUUUGUACUCGAACAAGGUCAGAAGAGCGCGCGGGAUGUGGCGGAAGGAUAUCUAACGGACCUAGUAGACCGCAGCCUUGUACUAAUAGCCAAAAGUCGAUCGGGAGGAGGAGUCAGAGCUUGUAGUAUUCACGAUCUUCUGCGCGAAUUGUGCUUGAGAAAAGCUAAACAAGAGAACUUUAUGAAUGUAAUCAAAGAUCGAUUUUCAGUGUACGAGAGGAACCAUCGCGUGUGUAUCCCACCUGAAGCCAUCGAUGUAAUUGAAUCAAGACCUUUCGGCCUGCACAUCCGUUCUUGGCUGGGUCACUGGCCAGGUAUCUCAUUCAUUUAUUCAAGAAUGAAACUUCUACGGGUCUUGGAUUUGUCAGCGAAAAAUGAUCCGAUCAAUGUAAGUGGUAUCGAGCAGCUGGUUCACUUGAGGUACUUGGCAGUUAGAGUCGCCGAAGACCACAUACCACCAUCGAUAGGCCGCCUUGAGAACCUUGAUUUUCUUCUUCUCUACGGUCCCGGAAGUGUCGAGAUUACGGAGGAUUUCCUAAAUUUGGUGAAAUUGAGACAUCUGCACAUUGCAGAGCACGCCACAUUCGGCGAAUCUUGCCAUAGACGAGCGGCACUUGCGGAGAAGAGCUUUCAAAUGGACGGCCUCGAAAGCGUUUCCGGUCUUUGGAUUAUUCAUGAAGACGACGAGAAAGUAUUGAGAUGCUGCUUACCCCGUGUUCGCAGACUCAAGUGCGCAACCAAGCCGUUAUGGGACUCGUCGGAGAAGUGCCAUCGUUAUGUCGCGUUGGAUGAUUGCCUUACGAUGCUUGAAUCGCUUAACAUAUCUUACUUAGGCGGUGAGUACUUGAAGUUGCCGGACACUCUUAAUCUCCCAUCCAGCCUAAAGAAACUGACUCUGCACGACUUCAAAUUGUCUCGGGACGAGAUGUCGAUGAUAGGAAGACUGCCGAAGCUCGAGGCUCUAAAGCUGCUCUACACCGUGUUUGAUGGAAAAGAAUGGAAGACCAACGACGACGAGUUCCGGGAGCUCAAAUUCUUGAAACUCGAUGCUCUGAAGAUCCGCAGGUGGAACACAUCUGACGAUCAUUUUCCAAGGCUUCAACGACUCGUUAUGCACAAGUGCUGGAAACUAAAGAAGUUUCCUCGUAGCUUGGGGGAUAUUCCGACGUUGCAGGUCGUUGACAUACAUUCGUGCAGCAAAUCUGUCGCAAAUUCGGCAUUGGAUGUUCAGAGGGAACAACUGGAAUAUGGAAAGGGCUCUUUAUGGUAA